CAUAUGACCUCAGCCCUGAUCAGCCACCAGCUGUCUCUGUGCUGCAAAAGUGGACUUUACCCAAACUUAAGAGCAGCUGGAUCUGAGCGAAAGCAACUCUGCUAAGAGAUGUGGACUGGGAGACCCGUGGGAGAGCUGCCGAGCCCAGCGUUCACCGUGGACCUGGAUACGGCGAAGAGGAACGCCGAGCGGAUGAGGGAUCGCUGCAAGGCCCUGGGCGUGGUCUUGAGGCCCCACAUGAAAACCCACAAAACGCUGGAGGGCGGACGUCUCAUGACCGGGGGCACCCUGAGGAAGAUUGUGGUGUCCACGUUGGCCGAGGGCCGCUUCUUUGCCGACGGCGGCUUUGACGACAUCCUCUACGCCUACCCUCUGCCUUUUGACAAGGUGGAAGAGUGUGCCGCCUUGGCAGAGAGGCUGGAUGUCUUCCAUGUCCUCGUGGACAGCCACGCGGCGCUGUCCCUCCUGAAGAAGAGACCCUUGCGCCGCGGGAAACGCUGGAAAGUGUGGCUGAAGAUCGACUGCGAGAACCACCGAGCCGGCCUGUGGCAUUCCGACCCCGCUGCCCUCGAGCUCGCCAAGGCCAUCGCGGAAGGGGCCACCGAACUGGUGGGGAUAUACGCGCACUGCGGCAACUCCUACGGCUGCCACGGAGCGUCUGAAAUCCAGGCCGUGGCUCGCACCACCACUGCGUUGACCCUGAAGUUCAUGGACCAGCUGAAAGAGGCUGGGGUGGCCUGCUCCCUCUGCAGUAUUGGCUCCACUCCGUCCUGCAGCCGUCCGGUACCUGAGAUGGCCCAGCUCAGCGAAGUCCACCCUGGGAACUUUCUCUUUUAUGAUGCCCAGCAGAUGAUGAUCGGCUCCUGCCAGCUGGAGGACAUCGCUGUCCGGGUCUUGACCAGGGUGAUUGGCCACUACCCACACCGCAACCAGAUGUUGGUGGACUGCGGUUGGACCGGCCUGAGCCUCCACAGCCUGGGGCAGCUGCCGACAGGCUACGCCCUGGUGGAAGGCCAUCCCAACCUCAAGUUGGUAGGGAUGACCCAGGAACACGGCAGAAUCGAACCCGUGGCUGGCAAGCUGGAUUUUGCUCAGUUCCCGCUGGGCAGCCUCCUGGCGCUGAUCCCUUAUCACGCCUGCGCCACCGCUGCCAUGCACCCUGUCUACUACGUCCACAGCGAGGGACGUGUGGUCGCUACCUGGAAGCCGGUCAGAGGCUGGUAGGAAGACGAGGAGGUGAGCAAAGACUCGCGAGCCGGAAGAGAGAUGGGAACUGCCUUUUAUGAUCCGCAAGGUGUGCAAGGUGCCUUUCGAACUCGGGCCUCACGGGACGAGUUCAGUAAAACUAUGAAGCUUUUUUCCAUUCCUCGUGGGAAAUCUGCAGCAGUUGGGGGUGAGCUGGCAGGGCGGGUUUGAUGUAAAUCGAAUUGAUUUAAAUCACGAUUUUAAAUCACUAGUCAGUACGACUUGAUUUAAAUCUUUUCUUUUUACAGAAAGACUCAUUCUUGCUGGUAUCAUCUUAAUUCAGUCACACCUCAGGUUACGAACGCUGCGGUUUGCGCGUUUGUGGACCGCACCAAACCCGGAAGUACUGGAACGGGUUACUUCCGGGUUUUGGCGAUCGCGCAUGCGCAGAAGCACAAAAUGAUGUCACGCGCAUGCGCAGAAGCGCCAAAUCACAUCACGCGCGUGUGCAGACGCAGUGCUUCAGGCUACGAACGCUGCGGGUUGCAAAUGUGCCUCCCACAUGUUCGCAACCGGAGGUAUGACUGUCUCGACAGCCAGAUGAAUUUUCAGACUAGUUUUUACAGUUAUAUCAAAAUCUACUGAUUUCAGUUAUACUAUUAGAAAUACACAGGCAGAUAAUUAUUAAAUUAUGGUGAGGUUUAACUGUUUUUAUUUGGACAACUUUGCUGCUGUACUUUAUUGGAAGGAGAAAAAUAAUCAUUUUGUUAAUGACAAUUUAAACAAUUUAUUUAACUAAAACAAUAACAUUGUAGCAUGUGUAUCCAUGUUUGUUAACUGAAGUGGUUAAACAAUUUUUAAAAAAUUAGACUGGGUUUUAUCACACAUGAAAAACUUAAAACAAAUCCUUAUUUCCUGAUGAAUAGCCUUUGGACUAGAAUGUAACUUCAAUAGGAAACUAUCUUUAGAAAUAUUUUUCCUCCAAAAGCAUUUUAUUUUAAAAAAUCUGAUUCAAAUAAAAAAAAUCUGAUUUAAUUUUUUAAAAAUCUGAUUUUGCGGGGUUUUAUAUUUUUUUAAAAACAUUGAUUUUUAUCCACCCUCUUAGCUGGGCAGCCAGACACAUCUCUUAAGUCGGUGAGCAGCUACACUAUGGAACUCACUGCCUAUUGACACCUUUGCAACAUAGUUUUCCCCUGCUGAAAACAUUUUUUUGUUAUGCAAGCCUGCCCAGACCCCUAGAUGGUGAUAGGUUUUAAUCUCCUUUCAGCCCGCUGUUCAUUGUAAUGAUUUUUUAAAAUGUUUUUAAUGCCUCAUUUUAAACUUUUCUUACGGAUGAUUCUAAUGUAGUGAAUCACUUAGAGGUUUGAUUACAAAUAGGCAAGAUGCAGAUUUUGUUAAAUGAAUAAGUGAGAUGAACAUGACCACUCUUGUAAAAGGAUCAGAACAAAUGAUCAAUAAAGAGCGGCUAGAAUCUAACAUCUGUGUGAGCUUUGUUUGUGCAUGUCAGGAUGAGUGCUUGCUAAACAGGUUCUUCUUGGCCACUCGUAAAAGAUAAUAGAAAGAUUCAGCGCUGGGAACUGAGAGGUUUAAAAAGUUUGAGUUGGUAUUAGAGGGCUUUUGUAAAAACCAGAGUGCCACAUCUAUCGAUUUUCAUGCUUAUUAGUCCCUAACCUGAGAUUAAAUAUUCUUAUUAUUACGACUACAAUUUAUUACGCACCUUUUGCUCCAAGAUCUCAGGGCAGGCCACAAAAAUCAAAACACAAUACAGUAUAUGCUUUCAUUUGCCCCUGCUGCAACAAAACAAUAGAAUCAUAGAAUUGUAGAGUUGGAAGGGACCCCCCAAAGGACAUCUAGCUCAGCCCCCUGCAAUGCAGGAAUCUCAACAGAGCUCUCCCACAUUGUUCUCUACAGCCACAGCAGGUGCUGCAAACUUCUAGCAGUUUGACUUCACCCCCAAAGGCACACUCCUCCAUUGUCUCCCGAGACAGACAGAUGCCAAUCAAUUAUUAUGAUAUGUUCAUUUAUACCCAGCCUUUUCCCCUGACAGGGACUCAAGGUGGCUUACUGAUGAAAAUACAAACAGCUAAAAAGAUGAAAA